CUCAUUCUUUUCAAACACGUGUUUACGUGAUGCUCUCGUGUGGGAGCAAAUUUUCAACAAAAAGUAGUGAAAAUAAAUCAAAAUGAGUUUGUACAACUUUAAAAAGAUAGCUGUAGUCCCUACGGCAAAGGACUUUAUAGACAUAAUAUUGUCCAAAACACAACGGAAAACUCCUACAGUAGUACACAAGCACUACAAAAUUUCAAGGAUACGCGCGUUUUAUAUGCGCAAAGUUAAAUUUACGCAACAAAAUUUCCACGAUAGGUUAUCACGGAUUAUACAGGAAUUCCCAAAAUUAGACGAUGUCCAUCCCUUCUACGCAGAUUUGAUGAACGUACUGUACGACAAAGACCACUACAAACUUGGUCUUGGACAGCUAAACACUGCCCGCCAUCUCAUAGACAAUGUGGCCAAAGACUACGUCCGCUUGCUCAAGUACGGAGACUCUUUAUACCGGUGCAAGCAGCUCAAGCGAGCCGCGCUGGGCCGGAUGGCCACCAUCAUGAAGAGGCAGUCGGCUAACCUGAGCUAUUUGGAACAGGUCCGCCAACAUUUAGCCCGUCUGCCGUCCAUCGACCCCUACACUCGGACCAUCAUUAUAUGCGGAUUCCCCAACGUAGGAAAGUCCAGUUUCAUUAACAAGAUCACGCGAGCGGACGUAGAAGUGCAACCAUACGCGUUCACGACAAAGAGUUUGUACGUGGGACACACGGACUACAAGUACUUGAGGUGGCAGGUGAUAGACACACCCGGAAUAUUGGAUCACCCGCUAGAGGAGCGCAACGUGAUCGAGAUGCAGGCUGUGACCGCACUCGCGCAUCUUAGGGCCGCGGUCCUGUACUUCAUAGACCCCUCCGAGCAGUGCGGGCACAGUAUUGAAGAGCAGAUAUCCCUGUUCGAGAGCAUAAAGCCACUGUUCAGCAACAAGCCCCUGAUCGUGGUCAUGAACAAGUCGGAUGUGGUGACGCCCGAGCAGCUGCAGCCGGCCAAGAGAGCGCUCAUUGAGGAGCUGGAGAGGACCUGCGCUAAGGGGAACCUGUCCAUCGUGCCAGUAAUGCGAAUGUCCACUCUGACGGAGGAAGGUGUGCAAGAGGUCAAGAUCGAAGCCUGCGAGCGGCUGUUGGGACACCGCGUCACCGAGAAGAUGCGGACUAAGAAGGUGGACGGAAUCCUCAACCGCCUCCACGUGGCCGUCCCCUCCCCGCGCGACGGGAAGGCGCGUCCCCCCGUCAUACCCCCCUCCGUCCUGCUCAAGAAACAACAGCAAGCGGAGAAAGAGAGCCGCAAGAGAAAACUGGAGAGAGAGAUAGAACUUGAGCAAGGAGACGAUUAUGUGUUGGACCUACAAAAGAACUACACGGACAUCGCGGAGGAGGAGCGCCACGACCCCAUCCCGGAGUUCUGGGAGGGACACAACAUCGCCGACUACAUCGACCCCGAUAUCUUCGACAAACUGGCCGAGCUAGAGAAAGAGGAGGAAUUGCGGGAGGAAGGAGGCAUGUACGCCGUGCCCAAGAUAGAGCUCGACGAGACCAUGAAGGAGAUUCGCGACCUCGCCAGGCAGAUACGCAACAAGAAGGCGAUCCUCAAGGACGAGUCUCGCCUCACCAAGCAGUCCACCAAACCCGUCAUGCCUCGUACAAGCCGCGCGCGCGCCCGCGACCGAUCCACCGGGAAACUCAGGGAAGAGAUGGAGAAACUUGGCGUGGACAUGUCAGAGACGAAAGAAGCGAACUUCACCAAGACAAGAUCACGCUCGCGCUCGCAAUCGGCCGUCGCGGCGAAACGCGCCAGAAUGGAAUCAGAGUCGCGCACGCGUUCCGUCAGCCGCCCCGCGCGCGACGAACAGGGAGUCAAGCCUGGCGUUAUGGCGAGAAAAGCCAAGAAUAUGGCUCACGUGGCGAUUGCGAAGAAAACCAAGAAAAUGGGUCUCAAGGGAGAGGCCGACCGCUUCAUCGGGACCAAGAUGCCCAAGCAUCUGUUUGCGGGCAAGCGCGGCGUCGGCAAGACGGACCGACGAUAAUUUGGAAAUUAUACACGGAUGUAGACUUACGUAUACAUGUAGAUACCCAAAUAAAGUCGGCAGUUUGGGAACUAUACGUGCAU